UGUUUAGUUGUCAUAGUCGUUGUACUCGUCUCGUACCUGUAUAAUUUAUAACCUGUAAAAGUCAAUUUUAGUUAUUGUGUUUGUUGUGGGUAAAACUUGGUGUUGUUUAAUUAUUUAUUUAGCUGUGAUGAUUAAAGUAGACGAUAUUGAUAUUCAGCCGAUUAAACCACCAAAUGUACCACCGGAGAUUCGAGAAGUGGCUGCUACUACCUCUGCAAACUUAUUGCCAGAUCAAUCCAAGAAACUCUAUUUAGUAGCAUAUGAUGCUUUUAAAAGGUGGCAAAUUGAAAACAAUGCUUCACAAGCAUCAGAGUCUGUAUUACUAAUAUAUUUUACUGAACUGGCAUCUAAACACAAGCCAUCAUCACUUUGGUCAUACUAUUCAAUGUUAAAAAGUACUUUAAACAUUCAAGAGAAUGUGAAAAUUGACCAGUAUCCAAAUCUAAUUGCAUAUUUAAAACAGCAAUCAAAAGGAUUCACUCCUAAAAAAGUAAAUACCUUCACCACAGAACAAAUAAAGAAAUUCCUAAGUACAGCACCAGAUCUUAAAUAUCUUCCAACAAAAGUUGCUUUAAUAAUGGGAGUCAUGGGGGCAUGUCGAUCCAAUGAACUCUAUAAUAUGAAAUUGAGUGAUAUUGAAGAUGUAGGUUCACAAAUGAUUGUUAGUGUUCCAAAUGCAAAAACGAGGAGACCUAGGCAGUUUACUCUUAAAGACUCAUUUUUUAAUAUCUGCAAGAAGUAUAUGAGUAAUAGAACUGAUUCUACUAAUAUAAGACUGUUUCAUCAAUACAAGAAUAUGAAGUUUACAAAUAAAAGAAUUGGUUUAAGUACAUUUUCCAGAAUGGGCAAAGAUAUUGCUUGUUUUCUCAAUUUGCCCAAUCCUGAAAAAUACACUGGCCAUAGCUUUCGAAGAUCCUCAGCUACAAUAUUAGUAGAUGCUGAUGAAGAGGAGGAUAUAAUCAGUUUACAAAAGCAUGAUUGGAAACCUUCUUCGGUAGCUGAGGACUAUGGAGCUGAUUGCAGUGACAGCCCUUUAAAACAAAUAAAUCAUACAACAACAAAAAUGAAAGAUACUAUUAAUUAUGAAGAGAGUAGUUCAGGUGAAGAAGAGCAAUCUGAUUUUACUCCAAAUGAAUCAAAUGUGAUUAUUCCAGCUAGAUUACCUGUAGUUUUUAAUAAUUGUUCUAAUUUAACGAUUAAUAUUAAUAAUAAAUAGACGGGUUAGUAUGGGAAAUUGCUUCACUAUUUUAUGGCAAAAUAAAAAAUCCGUCCAUCCCUUCAAACCCUCUAGAAGUGCCUGAAAUGUACAUUAAAAUUUUGUAUUUUCAUACAAUUGUAAAAAUAUGGUGUGGAAAACUCCCUGUAUUUAGUAAAAUCGUAUAUUUAUUUAGAGGUUCUCAUCGUUAUAAUGUAGUUCAAGAGUCAUUUUACACUAAGCAUACUUUUACAAUCUUUAAAACCCUUUAGAAGUGCCUUACCUAUUUGAAUGCGCUAGUUUUCUACUAAUUUGAAAACAUGGUGUUGAAAAUGCUUCAUAUCUAAUGAAUUAAAUCACUUGUUUGAAAUGGUUUUGCGGCAUUAUUGUAGUUCAAGAAACAAUUUUUUCUAUGCAUGCUGAAUUUGUCAAUUUACUAUAUUAAUUUUUGAUGCAGUAAUUAAAUAAUGUCGUUACAAACUUUGAUUUGCAUUUCACAAAAAAUAUAGUGUUGGUAAGGCGUGCAAAUUUCAAUUACAAUAUUUUGUAAGAAAUUCUUGAAAGUCAAGUACAAACCAAGUGAAUGUAUACUACAUACCAUAGAUACUUUAAAAUAACUUAUAGUGGUGGCAAUCGAAAGAACUAUAAAAGGAUAAAUAAUGUGUUUGGUUUAUCAUUCACAUUUCAAGUAGUGAUAUCAUCAUAAAGAACAACGCAAACAUGUUUUUUAAGGUUUUCGUUUUUGCAACAAUUAUUGGUUGCGGUAUUGCUGUCCCACAUGCCACAUCUUAUGCAUCUGUUAAACAACAUUAUAACAAUCACGACGAUUAUAAUGAUCAUUACUAUCCAUAUAAUGCUGGUUUUGUAAAUGGAUAUGGUAUUGAUAAUAACGACGGUCUUUACAACGGUCACUAUGCUGAUUACUACGGGCAUCAUGAUGACCACCAUGACUACUACGCACACCCACAAUAUGCCUACAAAUACGGUGUUGAAGAUCCACACACUCACGACAUCAAAUCUCAAGAGGAACAUCGUGAUGGGGAUGUAGUCAAAGGACAUUACAAACUGGUCCAACCCGAUGGUCGCAUUCGCAUUGUUCACUACACCGCUGAUGACCAUAAUGGUUUCAAUGCAGAUGUACAAUACUCUGGUCAUGCCGAACACCCUACAUACCAUCACUAUUAUUAAACCAAGCUGUCAUGUGAUAAUAUAAAAAGAAUGUAACUUAUUUCUAUAUAAAAGCAUUAGUAUUCAAUAAAAUUAUUCUAUAUCAACUGAAAUAA